GAUGAGUCUAAUUGGAGACCAAACUAAUUAACUUCCUGGGAGAGCAAAUAUCUUUCUUGGACUGUUGGUAGUAGCUACAUUGAAGGUUGCUGGGCUUAGGUAUUCGGUAAGAAGGUUAUGGGAGACAUAACUGAAUCCUUUCCAGAGAGCUCCCCUCCUUUCUCAGAGGGAGAAGCUGAUGCUGUGCUUAAAUAUCUAAAGGAACAGCAUGGUGCAAAGAAAUUAGGGGUCACUGGUUUUUGCUGGGGUGGUAUUGCUGUAUCUCACCUGAUAAUGACAUGCCUGGAAUUAAAGGCUGGCGUAUCUCUCUAUGGACUAAUCAAGAAUUCUGAUGAUAUAGCCACUUUCCUGAACCCUACGUUUUUCAUUUUUGCUGAGAAAGAUGACUUCAUUCCCCUUCAUCAAGUCACCCUGCUGGAGCAGAAGCUACAAAAACAAAUUGUGAAGUCAAUUAUGAGGUUAAAACUUACCCUGGACAAACUCAUCGUUCUGUACAUCACAGAAGAGAAGACAGCAAUCCUCAAGGUAAGCCUUAUAUUGAGGAAGGAAGAAAGGAUGUGAUCAACUGACUGAAUAAAUACAUUUAAUAGAAGAACAAGCAACUUAAAUUGUAAUCCAGUUAUGUAAUACACUGUGCAGAUUUUUGAUGGCACAUUUUAGAAAACUGAGGGGAAGGUUUGUUGAAAUAGAAAUCAAAUAAAUAAGUAAACAGAUUAUUUUAGAUGUUUUUGUCAGUAGAUUCUAAUGGAUACUUCCAUAUUAUGUUCUUUUGAAGAAGUCUUAGAUUUCACUUAGCAGUGUCACGUUUUAAUAUUCUCCAGUUCCUUGAGAUUUAUCUGAAUGUUUGAAAUAAGACUAAUGUUAAAUUAAUCUAUUUGUGUAUUAUGGCCACUGUUCAUCUAAUCUACAUAAAUCACAGGUUCAAAAUUUAGGGACACAAAUACAUUGCUUGGUGAAGCUUAUUUUGAAAGACUAGGCUUUCUUGAUUGGUAUGGUGGUGGCGGAUUCGUAUUUAACAGGUGACGUAAGUGGGCAUAUCUUGUGGCUAAGGUUGUCCAGAUGGAGUACUACUUUCUCAGAUUACCUCUGGUUCUGUGAAACACUGUAGGUGAUUUCCUGGUCAGUUUAGGAAUUCAAAAGUGCCGUGCAAUCUGCAGACAAGGCAUUUUAAUGUGUGGCUUACAACCAUGGUUGCUGCUUAAAGAAGAAAUGGUACAUGAUUUUUGCAUAAUGCGUCUUGUUACGUAAUUUUCCCAUUGAUGAUAUGAGAAAAAUCUAGUGUUGCAUCAGCUCCAGAUUGCAUCUAGUCAUCGCCCAGCCUCUGUCAGGGGCCAGCAGUGGCUGUGCAGGGAAUUGUCCCUCUCACUCCACGAUCUGGCAGCCAGCUGUUCAGGACGAGCUGUGCCUGAGGUGGAUGUUGGCACUGGAGCAGUGUGUUGAAUGGACGGACCUAGCCUCUGUGGAUUUGCCAGACCCUUUUUGAACCUGCUUGAAAUGCUGACCUCUAGUGCAUUUUAUGACAGUGACUUCCAUGGUUUAAUUUAUGCUUCAUGGGGAGAAAGGCUUGCAUUCAUUAGUUUUAAACCAGCUGCCUAGUAUCUUCACAGGGUGCUGGUACUUAUAAAGUUGUAAGAAAAAGAAAACAAUGUUAUGUCCCUUUCACCUUCUCAGUGCUACUAAUAAAGACUGCUAUGUGCUUUAAUGGGGAGAAAAUGUAAUUUAGGAAAGUCUUAAUUUUACUAAAGACAAUGUCUCAAAUUAAAUAUCAGAGCAACAUACA